AUGAGAAAAAUAGGAAAUCUUUCAUUUUUAAAUAAUAAAGAAAAUGUUUUUUUAAACAAUUCUUCUUUCGAGCGUCGUAUAAGUUCUAAAAAAAUUCUAGUAGAUGUUUCAAAUAAUGAAACAUCAUUUGAUGUGGGUGAAAUAUCGGAUGAAACACCAUUCGACGUGCACGAAACAUCGGAUGUCACUAGGGAUGGUAUCUUAAAAAAAGUCGAAUCAAUGAUAAAUAGGAUAAAUGAAAAGAAUAAUGACGAUUAUGAAAUCAAGAAAUUAAUAUCAAGGAAGAACAACAAAAAUCUUGAUAUAUUGUUAAGAAUACUUAACAUCUGUCACGAACUUAUUACGAAAGAAAUUAAAGUGACUAAACGCGGGAUUUACUACAGAGAUGUCGGGUUGUUUGGUUCUCAAAAUAGAGUUGACAGAGGAAAAGGCUAUCCUGAUUUUGCAACUCGGCAUUUAAUAAAACUGCUUAGUGACCUAAAAAGUGAAAUUCCUAUUUUAGGUUUUUUUGACAACGAUCCUUAUGGCAUUGAUAUUUUGAAUUUGUACAAAUAUGGUGCUCCAACAAAGUUAUUUGAGAACAAAAAUUGGGCAAUCUCACGUUUACAAUGGAUUGGUUUACACCAUAUUGAUAGAGAACAUAACAAUAUUUCUGAAAAUUUAUUUAUUAAAUUAACAAGUAAUGAUAAAAAAAAAUCAAAAGAUUUAUUAAAAAAAGAAUAUUUACCAGAAACUUGGAGAAAUGAAAUACAAGAAAUCCUAAAUUCUAACAAAAAAUGUGAAAUAGAAUCAUUAUGUUAUGAUGAUAAUGAAAACUUACUAAAUUAUUUAAUAGCAAAAGUUAAUAAUCCUACAUCAUGGUUAUAG